CGUCACCACUCACCACCCGCCCGCCGCCCGGCCACCGUCGCCCGUCUGCGUAAGUUAGCUCCAGAAUGGGUCUUCUCAGCAUCAUUAGAAAAAUCAAGCGCAAGGAAAAGGAGAUGCGGAUUCUCAUGGUUGGCCUGGACAACUCGGGUAAGACGACUAUUGUGCUCAAGAUAAAUGGAGAGGACACCAGUGUCAUUAGCCCUACACUUGGCUUUAAUAUCAAGACCAUCCAGUACCAAAAGUACUCGCUGAACAUAUGGGAUGUCGGGGGACAGAAGACCAUCCGUUCAUAUUGGAGGAACUACUUCGAGCAGACUGAUGGCCUAGUUUGGGUGGUUGAUAGCUCUGAUGUCCGAAGGCUGGAUGACUGUCGUGCUGAGCUCCACAAUCUCCUGAAAGAAGAGAGACUAGCUGGAUCAUCGUUGUUAGUCUUUGCAAAUAAACAAGACAUUCAGGGCGCUCUGAAGCCUGACGAAAUCGCCAAGGUUCUGAACCUUGAAGUGAUGAACAAGGACCGGCACUGGAAGAUCGUGGGGUGCAGCGCCUACAGCGGCGAGGGUCUGCUCCAGGGUUUCGACUGGCUUGUCCAGGACAUUGCCUCACGCAUCUACGUCCUCGACUGAAACAAAGCCCCUGCUUGUUUCAGCACUAUCUACAUUCAUCUCUGCUAUGAACGGGACGCAGAUUUUCCAUAUGUUGGCUUUGGCAGACGUGUAAAAUCUGCAUGAAUGUACACUAAUGCUAUGGAUGACUAAUUCGAAUCAAGAUUUUGCAUCAAGGUGUCGCUUGAUGCCAUCUA